AUGUCCUCCAUUAGCUUCUACAGAAUCUCAAGCACAAACAAAAGGCAUCGAGUCCCGUGGAGCGCUGAUGAAGUGAAAAGGCUUGUAGAUGCUAUAUCCAUGGAAAGGGCUGCAACUACUGUUGGCAAGAUUAACUGGCGGGAGGUUGCCAAGCGGGUAGGCACUAGAGACCGAGUACAGUGCUACCAGCGAUAUACGUACAUUAAUCACCCCGGCAAAAGCGGCACGUCACGCUGCUUGUGGAGCAUUGAUGAGACCGUUCAGCUGCUCAAGUGGUAUGCGGACCACGGACGUAACUGGAGCAUGUACUCGACAUGUUUUCCUGGGCGAACUCCUGCUGAGGUCAAGGGUAAGUUCUUAUCCCUACAGCGUGCACUGAUGUCCAAGAACUCCGAUGUUUGGCGCCUGGAUGAGUACGCCCCCUAUAGGGAGCUUCUUCAGGAGAGUCUCUAUCGUGCAUCUCACAAGCGUCGACGCCUGGCUGAGUACAUUGGUGCUGACUCUUGUCGUCAAUUGUGGCUCGUACAAGCGUUUAAACAUAAUCGAAAGCCUUUUAAUCCUUGGUCACUGGACAGGAACAUUCUGACCUUUCCCCUAUCAUCUAAGGAUUCUGCAAGACGAUGUAGUGGCAGCAAAAAGCGCAGAGAAGGGAGGUUCCUCGGCCACUUAGCUUGGUGCAAAACCUUCUAA